GGUCAACAUUUCUUAUCUUUGUUUCUACAGUAUGAAUUAAAGCAACUGUUAUCAAUAUGAAGACAAGUUUUCAGUUCGCGUGUCUAAUAUUUCUGCUUCCGAUUCAAAAGUCCGCCGGAUCGAGCUGUGCUUUCACGGGUGCAUGUCUCUACAACAUCAACGUUCAUCAUUGUGACAAACAUAUUAAAAGAUCGCUCACCGGAAGUGAUCAACGGCUGUGUCCCUGUAGUGACGUAACUACACUUCAAAAUCAGCAUCAGAACUUGUCGUCGUGGGUCGGAACCAUCAAUACCACAUUCCAACAUGUCCGCGCGGAGUUGGUAGGACUAAAAGAAGAGUUGAAAGAAAAGUCGACAGAACUAGUUGCCAUUAAUUUCAGGAAUAAACAGGACAACGCAACUCUGCAAAGAUACAACAAAGAAAUCCUUACGACAGAAAUCGCCAUCUCGAACGAAAGACAGAUUUGGUUCAAAGAGAGAGAUCGUCUGCAAAAUGAGCUACACAGAAUUAUAACUGAAUCUCAGGUCUGUCAACAAGUUACGACAACCUCCUCGUCUUCGCAUCAAGGGUCAGCUUCAGAUGCAUCGAUCGUUUUAUUCUGUGAUUUUGAGACCUCUGGUCAAUGUGGUUUCCAGCAGGACCACUCGGAUGACCUUGACUGGUCGUAUGGCCACGGAACUCAGUCUUCUUCAACCGGACCAAAAGAGGACCACACCUAUGGCAAUCCCCACGGACAUUACAUGUUUUUGGAUGCUUACAACCACGCCAGUCGACAUUCGUCUUCAACAACUUCCACAACAAGAUUGAUCUCCUCUGAGUUACCGGCAUCACGUGGUUAUUGUGUGAUGUUUUGGUACAACCUCCAUGGUGCAGACGUCAAGACUUUUCAUGUGUAUGCAAAGAUCCACGGAGGUCUCGGAAACCCAGUCUUUUCCCACACGGGCAAUCUCGACCAGGAUUGGCAUCUCGCAAAGGUUUAUCUUGAUUCGGAAUAUACAACUUCUCCACUCAGUUUAGUCUUUGAGGCCAAAACUGACAGUCACAAAACUUACCACUACAGCUCCGGGUACUCUUAUUACCAUAGAUACGGCAACAUAGCCAUUGACGACGUCUAUGUCUUCAACUCUUCUUGUAAAAGCAUCCCGAAGCAUCCGUCCGGCUCCCACCCCCGGGUGAGCAUUAACUCCACCUCGUACUACACGUUCCAUAGCACGCCCAGUUCCUGGUUCGAGGCCCAGACAGCCUGUAAGAAGGAGAGUCCCUACUCUCAUCUCGUCUCCGUUAGGUCUAGGGAGGAACAGGAAUACAUCGUGAACGUCAUCAAAAGCACAGAGGACUUGACUGCUGCGGCCAACACUGGGUUCUUCACCAGUGGCUCAGACGACAGAGCCGAGGGAAUCUUUGAAUGGACGGACACCGGAACUCCAUAUCCCGUUACCUAUAGCAACUGGCAGCCAGGGCAACCGAACAAUGUGGGCAGUAACCAAGACUGUCUCCUGUUGCAGUACCCUGACAAUGACUGGACAUGGGGAGACGUAGACUGCGCGGAAAAACAUCCAUUUAUUUGUGAAGUUAAGCAGACGAUUUAGUUCAAUUAGUUGUAAAUAAAUGUGAAAAAAAACAACAAACUAUGUUACAAAAUACCUGUCUCUGAUUAAUAAAAGAGGUGUUGUGGUUAUUCUAUGAAGCUAUUG